AUGAGGUUCCCAAAUCUGAUUGUCACCCUUCUCCUCGGUCUCGGAGUCACAGCUAGCACUGCAUGGGACAACCCUCAGGUUAGCCUCGACUAUGGAACCUUCGAAGGUCAAUAUGAUAGCACCUACAACCUCUCAUAUUUUCGCAAGAUCCCAUUUGCUGCACCACCAACAGGAGAGAACCGCUUUCGUGCGCCUCAGCCACCACUUAAGAUCACUGGAGGCCUCUAUGACACAAACCAGGACUUCGACAUGUGCCCCCAGCGUACGGUCAACGGAACCGAAGAUUGUCUCUACUUGGGUCUAUUCUCACGACCAUGGGAUCUGGCUAAGCAUACUAGCAGACCCGUGCUAGUAGUCUUCUACGGCGGAGCUUUCAUUCAAGGUAGCGCGGCAUUUACCAUGCCACCAUCCUCAUUCCCAGUCCUCAAUGUCAGCAACAUCAACGACUACAUCGUUAUUUACUCCAACUACCGUGUCAAUGCCUUCGGUUUCCUACCUGGCAAGGCAAUCAAGGACUCGCCGACCUCAGAUCUAAACCCGGGACUAUUAGAUCAACAAUAUGUCUUAAAAUGGGUCCAGAGCCACAUUCACCAUUUCGGUGGCAACCCUCACAACGUAACAAUAUGGGGCCAGUCGGCCGGUGCCGGCUCAGUAGUCGCGCAAGUCCUCGCAAACGGCCGCCAUGGUCAGCCGAAACUAUUUUCCAAAGCCCUUGCCAGCUCGCCGUUCUGGCCUAAGACUUAUAAAUACAAUGCACCCCAAGCAGAAGAAAUAUACACCCAACUAGCGAACCUAACAGGCUGUGCUAGCUCUAAUAACGCUGGCAAGACACUCGCCUGUCUCAAAUCCGUGGACGUCCAGAAGAUACGCGACGCAAGCCUGAUCAUCGGCGCAAGCCACAGUUGGACAACGAGCUCCUACACCUGGGCGCCUGUGAUAGACGGGGCUUUCCUCGUCGAGACACUUACAGACACUGUGAACAGGGACUCCCUGAACACAGAGUUUGUCUGGGGAAUGUACAACAGCCACGAGGGCCAGAACUUCGUUCCGUCGGGUCUUGACAGCGCUGUUUUGGUAAAUGGAUUUAAUUCCUCCGUUGCUAGUUUCCACCAAUGGCUUUCCGGUUUCGUGCCUGGGUUGUCGGCCAAGAAGAUUCGUGAGGUGGAAUCUCUUUAUUAUCCCGCCGAGGGGAGUACGGAGACUAUGCAUCAUUAUAAUACUUCCUAUGUGCGGGCUGGCUUGGUUUAUCGGGAUGUUGUGCUUUCUUGUCCGGCUUAUUGGAUUGCGUCAGCUGCGACAAAGAAAGGGUAUCUUGGGGAGUAUACGAUUUCCCCUGCGACGCAUGGGAGUGAUACUAUUUAUUGGAACAGGAUCAACGCUGCUCAAAAGACUAACCCUGUUGUUUAUGAAGGCUACGCUGGCGCCUUUGCGAGCUUCUUCCAGACUGGAGACCCGAAUGCACACAAGGUGACGGAUGAUUCGCAGCUAGGUGUGCCAGAACUGCAUACGGGCGAGGAGUUUGUUGUUGUGGAUGAUGGGUUCGAGAAUGUGAAGCUGGUCGAGUUGAAGAGGCGGUGCGACUUCUGGCGAAAGCUGGGGAAAAAAAUACCUGUGUGA